AUGGCGGCGACGGCGGUGACGGCGGGGGCCGGGGCCGCGGCGGGGGCCGAGUCGGCCGAGGGGCCCUCGGGGCCGGCGGCGGCGCUGGAGCUGUGGCUCAAUAAAGCCACAGACCCAAGCAUGUCAGAACAGGAUUGGUCAGCUAUUCAGAAUUUCUGUGACCAAGUGAACACUGAUCCCAAUGGCUCAACCCAUGCACCUUGGCUACUGGCCCACAAGAUCCAGUCUCCACAAGAGAAAGAAGCUCUUUAUGCCUUAACGGUGCUGGAGGUGUGUGUGAACCACUGUGGGGAGAAGUUCCACAAUGAGGUGGCCAAGUUCCGCUUCCUGAACGAGCUCAUCAAAGUGUUGUCCCCAAAG